AUGAUUCUUUUGCUAUACGUGGAUGAUAUCAUUCUUACUGGUACUAGUGAUGAUGUUAUUCAAUCAAUGAUUUCUCAACUUACUACUGAGUUUGACAUGAAGGAUUUGGGCAUUCUCCAUUUUUUUCUCGGGUUGCAGAUUGAGUAUCAACCUCAAGGCUUAUUUGUUCAUCAAUCCACAUAUGUGAAGGCAUUGUUGCACAAAGCAAAUAUGUUGGAUUGCAAGCCAUGUCUUACUCCCUGUCAUCCAUAUCAGAAAUUACUUUCACAUGGUAGUUCUUCGGUUGUUGAUCCUGGUUCCUAUCGAAGUCUUGUAGGAGCUUUGCAGUAUCUUACUUUUACUCGCCCUGAUAUUGCUUUCUCAGUCAAUCAGGUUUGCCAAUUCAUGCACUCUCAUCUUGAGUCGCAUUUAGCUGCAGUAAAACGCAUCUUAAGAUAUCUGAAAGGUUCUAUACACUUGGGGCUCUGCUUUCGUCCUGGUUCCUUUCACUUACGAGCCUAUACAGAUGCUGAUUGGGCCGAUGACCCUAAUGAUCGUCGUUCUACUACUGGUUUUGUGAUUUUUCUCGGGUCUAAUCCAAUUUCCUGGAGCUCCAAGAUGCAGCAUACUGUGAGCCGGUCCUCUACUGAGGUUGAAUAUAGGGCCAUGGCCACUACUACUGCUGAGAUCGUUUGGAUUCAACAGUUGUUACAGAAUCUUCAUAUGCCGGUUCUCGACACUCUUUUGCUUCACUGUGAUAACAUCUCUGCAAUGGCUCUUGCUACGAAUCCUGUGUUUCACUCCAAGUCCAAGCAUAUUGAAAUAGAUUGUCACUUUGUGCGUGAAAGAGUUCAACGUGGUACUAUUUUGUUACAGUUUGUUAAUUCUGCAGAUCAAUAUGCUGAUGUUUUUACUAAAGGCCUUUGUUCUCCUCAGUUUCGUUUUAACUGUUCCAAUCUCAUGCUUGGUUGUUCUCAGCAAAAGUUUGAGGGAAGAUGA